CCUGUGCACCGCUUACACAGACCGUUCCCACGUCACAACAGCCUGCGAACUCGUGUCUGCUGCUAAUUACCUCAGCUGGGGGCCGAGGGGAGAUCUGGCGGGUGAAGCCAUGGCUACAUUGCGCUUUGGGCAGAACAUUAUAAAGGCAUCAGCUGUGUUUCUACAAACAGACCUGUCCUUCGCUCUGGUUAAUCGGAAACCUGUGGUGCCUGGCCAUGUGUUAGUGUGUCCCGUAAGGCCGGUGGAGCGUUUCCGUGACCUGCGGCCUGAUGAACUGGCAGAUUUGUUCAGCACCACGCAGAGAGUGGCCAACGCUGUAGAGAAACACUUCAGUGCCUCCUCCUUGACCAUCGCUAUCCAGGAUGGACCCGAGGCCGGACAGACGGUGAAGCAUGUGCACGUCCACGUACUGCCGAGGAAGCCUGGAGACUUCGAGAGGAACGACAGCAUCUACGAUGAGCUCCAGAAACAUGACCGUGAAAGUGAAGACAUUCCGUCCAAAUGGAGAUCGGAAGAGGAGAUGGCGAAGGAGGCGACGGAGCUGAGAGGCCUCUUCAGUUAGUUUCUUUUGGUAAAAACCUCUGUAUAAUGUAAACAUGGUCCAAUUAGUAUUUCUUAGAAAAGCAGUUACAUAUUCUCUAUAACUGUGUUCAUGUGGCCUCUAUGCAUGUUAAGGAAAAUCGCUCAUUAUUUGGUUUCGCAAUUGUUUGGCUUUAACUAAUGAUCGGGCUUUGGUUUAAAAAAAAAAGUGUCUUAUUAGUUGUGCAUCAUUUUUCUGCAUUAAAAAAUAGAAGAAGAAAAGCUGCAUUUAUGUUUCAAAGCACAUGGCAGUGUUUCCAAAAGGUACAUGCAGCCACAAUUUUUCUUUUUAAACAUUUUUCCAAUAUGGGUUGUUCAAUAUGAUUAAGUGUAUGACUAAUACUGAAGACUGCAUAUCUAUAAACAUCCUGCUUUUUGAUUUUAAAAAGGAGCACCUAUUAUCCUUAAAGAGGGUAUAACUUUUAGAAAAGAUUUCAAGUAGAAACCCCUUUUAGGAAGCUUAAACCAUUAACCAUCUCAAGAACCUUUGUAGAAACCAUAUGUAAAGCAGUCUGGAUGUUGCUGAAGCUGAAUUCUGGCAAAAAUAAGACAAAUAAUUAGGUCAAACUUAUAACAUAAUUUGCAUCUCUACUUAAAGACAUAAAACGUAAAUACUGUAUAUUUGACCAUUACAUGGAUCAUGUUGGUUGACAAAAUAGUCCGGAUGCCUAAAGAUGGCUAAGACCUUGCUAGCUAAGUGAAUGUCAUAAUUUGACCAAGUUGUUGGAUAUCUACAUGCCAUAGUGAAAUCCUGAUCGAUUCAGUUUGUAAUCAGAUACUGACUGUCAGUAUGUCUGUGAUGCUCCUACAAUGCAUUCAUAAUGGAAUCUUUGAAUGCAAAUCCAUCCCUGUUUGCACUUUUGCAUGGAACCAGACUUCUGCAACUUACAACUUCUGCAAACUACAUACAUAAAGAGUCUACUAUGUGUCUAUAAGAGCAAUAAACAUCUUUGUAUAGCUAUUCAAGGAAGAAUAUAACACAAGUAAGAGUGCUUCCCAAUACACAGUGCACUAUACAGUAGAAUAGGUUUAGGCGAUCAAAUAUGUUGGUUUGUCCCAGUCUAGGACAUUAUAUAUGUCAGGCCUGCCUACUGUUACAGUUGGAGGCACUGACAAUCAAAAGCAGCCCAUUUAUACAUAAGGGGGAGAAAUGCCCUUCAUUUUAGCAUGGAUUAACGUGGUGCUGCAGAUAUCCUGAAAUGGAAAUGUCAUCCUCUUGGAGAAACCAUAAUUCGACCAGUAAAAAUGCUCAUAAUAAAUCAUCUAUUAAGAAUCGACACCAGCAACCUUGUGCAUGAAUGUUUUAACAGCUCAAUUAUUCAAAUACAGUGCUGGUUUCCUCUUUAAAUCAGCAGUAAGCUGGCCAGUUUCUUAUGGUAUUGUGUAGGGUAUUUUGCAAGACCUAAACAGUAAAUAACCUCCAUUAUCCCCUUGACCACUACAGCAAAGUGUGUUCUUGUGUUACUUUGAUUGAUUAUUUGUUCUUUGCGCCUGGCCGUGCAGUCGGUACACAACGUGCCCCCUUCCUGCCUUUAGUACAUUCAUUUCUCUGAAAACCCCCAUCAAGGUUUUAUGGAGAUCAGUACGAUUAAGUAGCACAUUUAUUCCACAGCCCAGCUCUCUGAUAUGCAAUGCAAAGGCAUCUCACUUUCUGUUUGUUAUUCAUGAGUGUCCUGAGCUACAUUUCAUUACUAAUCCCAUUGGCAUCAUGUAAAUCACUGAAAGUAACCAUAUUGGGAUUUUUGGCUUAUUCCCUAAGCAGAUGUGUCAUCCUGUCAGUGAGGAAAAUGGGCAAAAUAAGAUUUCAAAACCCAAGGUGCUUUCGAAAAAGGUCAGUCAUCUGUCUGUAGCCGGUAAACCAUCUGUUACACAAUCCGUCGUUCAAUUUAAAUAAGGUUCAGCCAGAGGUAGGACACAUGGCUCAGGUAAAGUAAGAAACACAGCAAUCGUUAUUAAUUUGUGUACUGAUUUCUUAGCACAGCGUCAGAUACCGGAAGGUUAAACUAUACAGAUGUAGUGCCUAUUAUGCUUCAAAGUAUUAGUGUUUAAAUUGAUUCGCAGAAAUGCUGACAAACGCAACAAUAAGCCAAACACAGGAGGAAAUGCCAUUUGCCUUGAAUAGUCCUUUAUUGCGUAAAUAUAUUGUUAGUUAUCCCAGAUCUGCAGCAGCACACUCGAGGCUAUUAUGGCUCAUAUUCUUUUAUCAAUGUGGAAAUAAAAUGAUCUUGACUUGCCACUUAUUCAUCGGGAAAGGGAAAUACAAUUCUGGCAGAGUGAUGUACGCCUUCCAGUAAUCAAGUUGUAAAAAAAAAGGCCCCAUGAAUUUCAGGAAAUGUUAUUGAGAGGUUUCCUUUAGAGAGAUGUCUUGGAGAGUUUGGGGCUGAUCUAUCACUCAUGCACCUAUCUGAAACAUACAGGAAGAUAUCAAAUCCACAGCAUAAAUUACCCUUGCGACCAAGGCUUGCUGUCUUCAUUUGAACUUCUAGUUCUCCUCAGCUAAACAUGGGCAUUAUCCUUGGCCUUGACAUGGUGUAAUUGCUUCCUACCUAUUACAAUGUCAUAUUCUGAAAGCAUGCUGGAUGUAAUGAGCUCUUAGAAAUGAAUCAUACAUACAUUGCUUAUGGCAUGGCAUUUUAAUUAAAGUGACUUCCAAGAUAAUAUUGAGUGCAUGUUUCUGCAAGGGCAUUAUUUACAGAUCUCUACAGUAAUUACCUUCCUGAUAUAGCUAUGGGUCAUUAAGAGCACUACACCUCUUAGUGAUAGUCAAGCAUGUCUACAUAAUACAACAUUAGAUCAAGAAUGUAAAUACUUUUUGGAAGAAUGUAAAUACUUGGGCUACAACCCGUUAGCCAGUCGAUUGUAUUUAUUACCGAGUACAAGCUCAGAAAAAGCUAAUUACUACUGAUCAUAAAAAAACCUGAUCAAAUCACCUGCCAACUCGUCAUUAUGAGACUCAUUGGCUCUGUUCAGACUUGGCGUGAGCUGUAAGUUGUGGUUAUGAAGGCUUGACGCAAGGGCAUAAACUCAAUGUAUGUUUUAUUAGGGUGAAUCUGAAUCUUAUGAUCGAAGUCCAUGAUGGGGGUCAAAACACAGGUACACAGUGUUACAGGAUGACAAUCCAUAUUCACAAUCAGGGAACACAGGCGAACAUCAAAAAACCUGGAGGAACAGGAACAACAGGACAGAAGAAACCAAACUAAUCGAGCCGAGACACGGAACAGGUGAACACAUUAACGUAAUCAAGCAACGUCACCAAAACCAAAGCACAUUGAGAAAACACAAAAGAAAACACCACAAGCAUUACUCGCCACACUGGGAGAGGGAAUUCAUGACAGAAACCCCCAGCAUUUCAGUACUGUAAGGGUUGCCAAAUCUACCAAACGCAACCCAAUACCAUUUGAAAACCAGGCCCACAGAACUAGCCCAAUACUAUAACUUAAAUGACAUAUUUAGCCAACAAGCCACCAUACUCACAGUAUCAAUGUCAGAAAGACAUAUUUGCAGAGACAUGUCUCAUUAAGCUGUAGAGAAGACACCACAUUCCAUAGGUAAUUUGAUAUGUAGAUGUAGUCUACAGUCUACUGCUGCUCCAGCUUUAUAUUGAAAGUGUCCCUUACAUUGUAGCUAUACAUGUCAUGCUUCUAGAACAUGUCCAAGCAUGUCCAGACAGGAGUUUCAAGCUCGGUACAUUUCUCUGCUUGAUAUAUCGCUUUGCUUGUAUUUUCUCAUUUGUAAGUCACUUUGGAUAAAAGCAUCUGCUGAAUGAAUAAAUGUAAAUGUAAAUUUGCUGUUGUGCUUUCUGAGUAUUUGACUCUAUGGCUGUAAAAGAAACAAAAGCCCAUGUUGAGAACAGAAUAAAGAAGUGUCCAAAAUAGAGGACUCGUCACUUGGCUAAAUGAACAGAUUUAAUGUAAUGUAAUGAAUGUAGAAAUGUAUGUAAACUUGGCAACCUUCGAUGUAGUUAGGGAUGCUUUUCCAUUUACACUACAAAUGUAUCAUGGUCAUAUGCAUCCCAGACCACCUCCGAUUGUGACAUGAGUGAUCAGUUGACCCUAUUUAGUGUUGACCACUUGUGAUUGGAUCUCCUGAAAUGGAUGUUAAUACCAAGUCUGAAUGGGGUCUUUCCCUAACCCUAACUAUAGGUUUUAAAGAUCCAUAACAAUUAGUUUCUGGGAGGAAAAACAGCUCUAUUUUAAAAGCCCAAAUUUGUUUUAGCUUAAAAUAAAUACAAUGUCUUUUUGAGCACUCCUUUUUAUGGCAUACCUAAAUGGAGCUGAGAAGGAGUUCUUGUCAUAGUGUCAAGUGUAAUUAAGGGAAAUAUUCAGCUUCCUUUGCAGUAUUUCUGAUGUUAUAUGAAGCACAUAUCUCACUGACUUGGAAAUAAAUGAGGCAUUGAGAU